AGCUCUAGCGAUGCUGAAACUGUCCCUGUCGACAACACAUACCGGGAGCUCGUCGUCCACAUUAACAGGGAAUUCCAGCGAUAUGCCGUGGAGAACGGCAUCUAUUUCGCUCCCGUUGACGAUGAAGAAAUCGACCGUCUCCAGUACAUGCACGAGAUCUUCAACAUGAUGUUCGACAACAGGCUCAUCUUUCCUCCGAUUCCGCGUCCGCGAAGAAUCCUGGAUUGUGGUUCCGGGUCCGGGGCGUGGGCUAUCGAGGUUGCGGCGGAGCAUCCGGAUUGCGAGGUAAUAGGAAUCGACGUGUACCCGUACCCGGUACCAGAAGAUGCGCCCCUAAAUGUGGAAUUCCAGGUAGACGACCUGAACAGUCCAUCUACCUUCCCUUCGAACUACUUCGAUCUGGUGCACAGCAGGAUGAUGGCCGGAGGCAUUCAUGCAGACAGAUGGCCGAAUUACUUGAGGGACAUAUUGAGGGUGCUUCGGCCGGGGGGUUGGUGUCAGAUGGUGGAGAUAUACUUCAAUGCGCAGUCGGAUAACGGGACUCUUACCUCAAACCAUGCACUUCAGGUAUGGUCACAGAGCUAUAUGCAAAGCAUACAGCCCGCAAAAGACCCCAGGGCGCCGCUGCGGUUGCAAAGUUGGAUGACUCAAGCGGGUUUUGUCGAGAUCGAAUCCCGGUUGUUGACUUUACCCCUGAGCGGGUGGUCGAGCGGUACGUGGCUAGAUCCGCGGGACUAUGCCAUCGGCACAGCAAAUCGACCCAAUGUCCACCGGCUCCUAUCCUCUCUCGCCAUAUUCCCUUUUGCGCACACACUGGACAUGACGAGCACAGACAUAGAGCUUCUAGUUGCGCAAGCUCGUAACGAGGCAGAUAAUCCAGCCUUCAAGGCUUAUUUUCCAGUGUACGUUUGCAUCGGCCGGAAACCGGGCGGAAGCCGGCAACAGCGGCACAGCGAAAGCCGUAGCGAGAAUCACUCCAAAGAACGGAGACAUAGCGACUCGAGGAAGAGGGCGAGGCACUAG